AUGUUUACUCUUCCAGCUUUGACUUCUGACAUUGUUGUCCAAAUCAACGCCGGAGCGUCGAAAACCGCGCCUGUUCGUCGUCCCAUUGAGCCUGUGGGCAGGGCGUUCAUGCACCAUGCGCAAAGAACCUUGAGAAACCACACUUGGUCUGAAUUUGAGAAGAUUCAAGCGAGCCAGAAUGUCCAACGAGUCGAUGAGUCCAAAGUGGACCCAGAUGAAGCUUUGUUUGACACUGAGCUUACCGAUGAUUCGUUGUUACAGCACGACCCUCGUGACUGGAAAACCGCUGACCUGUACGCUGCUAUGGGUCUGUCUAAGCUCCGGUACAGAGCCACGGAGCCUCAGAUCAUCAAAGCGCACAGAAAGCAAGUGCUGAAGCACCAUCCGGACAAGAAAUCUGCUUCGGGCGCGGGACUUGAGGAAGACGGGUUUUUCAAGAUCAUCCAAAAGGCGUACGAGACGCUAACGGACUCGAACAAAAGAAUGCAGUACGACUCUUGCGAUUUCAACGCGGACGUCGAACCACCCAAGAAGGGUUCUAAGUACGAUUUUUACGAGGCCUGGGGUCCCGUUUUCGAAUCUGAAGCGCGGUUUUCUAAGAAGCAACCGGUUCCAACUCUCGGUGGCGCUUCCACUAAGAAAGACGAAGUUGAGAAAUUCUACACCUUCUGGCACAGGUUCGACUCUUGGAGAACUUUCGAGUUCCUGGACGAGGAUGUUCCUGACGACUCUUCCAACAGAGACCACAAGCGUUACAUCGAGAGAAAAAACAAGGCUGCUAGAGACAAGAAGAAAACUGUUGACAUUGGUCGUCUUGUGAAACUUGUCGAAAGAGCCAUGAACGAGGACCCACGUAUCAAGCAGUUCAAGGAGGACGAGAAGAAAGAGAAAGAGAGGAAAAAGUGGGAAAGAGAAGCCGGUGCUAGAGCUGAGGCAGAGGCCAAGGCCAAGGCGGAAGCAGAAGCAAAAUUGAAGGCUGAGGCCGAUGCUAAGCUUGCUGCCAAUGCGAAGGCGGACAAGAAGAAGGCGAAAGAAGCUGCCAAGGCUGCUAAGAAGAAGAACAAGAGAGCUAUACGUUCUUCCGCUAAGGAAGCUGAAUAUUUCGGUGACGCUGACAAGGCUGCUACGAUCGACGAGCAAUUAGGCCACAUUGUCGACUCCUUGGACGACGAACAACUGGUCAGCGUUGCCGACAAGCUAAAGGCCGACGCCUCUGCGACUAAAGCGGUUCUCUCCGACGCUGCUAAGGCCCUUGUCGACGCCAAGAAGCUACCAGCCAGCAUGUUGACUUAUUUCUCUUAG